CGUAUCACACGGAUCCAAAUACAGCGUAUCCUUACGUUGAAAGAAUGUUCGAUUCCAAUAAAAUCUGUGAAUUGACGGAAAUUCAUUUGUUUAAACAAUCGGUAAUGGGGAUGUAUGCCAGUCAUAAUGGCCAGUUCAUUGAAAUAGCGAAAAUAGGAUUGACAAAGAUGUUUAAUACCGGUCUUCGAAAUCGACAAAUCAAAUAUUGGUCGUCCAGGAAACCGGAAUGUCAACUUGAUACUUUAUCCACAAGAAGCAUCACAAUCUACGAAAUUGCCCCAGCAUUAAUUUUAUUAGCAUUUGGAAUCCUCGUAGCUGGUAUCAUUUGCAUUGUGGAAAAUAUUAUUUACAAUCGUUCCAUGAAGGAAAUAAAUCGAAGAAGGAAGAGUGAAACAAAGGAAAGCUUUGGCAAUGAUAAUGGUAGAAAUAACUUAUUGGAUAUUAUUCCAUAAUCUUCAUAAAUUGAUCUAAUUAAUAAGUAAUUUCAUUUAACUUAAAUUGAAUGUAACAUAUUUCAUAAUAAUUAUAUUUUGUCUUACACACAUAGUUAUUA